AUGAUACCAGACUCGAGCUACAUCUUGCAGCGGCGAGAUGGAAUUGAUGCGACGGUCCUGUCAGCUCUGCUCUGUGCAUCCGACAGUCGUACUGCCUGUUUCCUCGUCCAGUGUGAAGUCCCGUAUGCACUUGCCAUAUCGCACACGGGCAUUCUCUCCUGGUCACCCGUCUUGCUCGUGGAUCCUCCAUUUGGCAAGAGUGCCCUGAUAUCGAUAUUACCUUACCUUCUGCGCGCCCCUGCGCCUUCCUUCUUCUCCUACCAAUCUAGCAUGCAAUCCCCCCUCCCGCAAGGCAGCACCGCGUCCUCUGUGAACUCUGGGCAGGAGCUCCUCGAGAGCGCGGUGCCAUCCGCACAUUUUUUCAAACCAAGCCUUCGCUUUUCCUCUCCUCCUCGCCGACCAUCCACUCCCCGUCACCAUCCCCUUCUUCUCCGAGGCACUCGUCUAGUCUUCUCCCCUCAUGACUUUCUCACUUUUCCAUCUGCCAUCGGUAGUCAUUCUUUUCACUACAAAAUCCCAAUUCUUACCUUCAUUCAAGCCUACCUGCCGGCUGUUCAGAUACUGCCGACUUGCCCAGCGUCACCUUCCGUUCAACCCAACCUCAGAUUCGUUGCCGUCGUCAACGACUGUCCACGCUUCAGGCUCUCUCCGGCCGCCAGGAUGCAGGCGUUUGUACGUCUCAUGGGCGCCGUGGUGGCCUCCGGUCUGCUGUCCGCUGUGAUGGGCAUGCCGUUGGACGGUACCAAUGCAACUUGCGCACCUGACAUUGUCACCGUCAUGGUCACUGUCACUCCCACUCUCGAAGCUCCUCCUAUCACCACUGUGGAGACAAUUGUCAACUCAAUCGUCAGCACCGAGACUGUGGCUGCUUCUACCAUCACCGUCACGGCCGAGGUGGUGCCCGGUUCUUGCCCUUCCUCCGACUCUGACUUCUGGACUGCCAUUCCCACUUCUGUCUCCGGUCCCUACGGCUCAAUUCCUCCUUCGACUUGCACCGAACCAAAUAUCCCUGACACUGUGAUCCCAAACCCUGAAGUCCCAGGAGGACCCGUCCUCGUGACUUACUCCAUUCCUGUCGGCUCGACCUCUCAUGUCAUUCUGACACGGACGGUGCACAAACCACAAGUACCAGCUCCAACAAACGCAGAGACGGCAGACCUGACUACUUUGCUUGGGCCUCCUGAUCUGGUCACGCGAUCCAUGGUCACGGCGAGCUUCACUUUCAUUCUCACUCCUCCAGGGGUCGGGUCUCCCUCUCUGCCGACUCUAGCACCCGAGGAGACCAUGCCAUUUCAUGGACCUUCCUCCGUUGGUGUCCCGGGUUACGCAUCAGCGCCUUCUGCCCCUGGCGCACCGCCUGGCCCAUCAACUCAUUCCACUCUGCCAGAGAUUACGCUCUCUUUGAUCCCGGCGACCACACUCCCUGAGAUCACACUCUCUCUGGUGACUCCUACAACUCUCUCGGAGAUCACGCUCUUCCCAGAGAAGCCCACAGUCUCAGUCAUUACCCUCCAUCCUCCGAUUGUCACAUAUACCCUGGAGUCUGUGGUCCCUCAUUCUCCACCAAACGUUGUCACAUACACCCUCGAGGAUGUACCUCCAGUCCAAGAGAGCACCUUCAUCUACCCACCUGCGGCUACACUCCCUCCGCCGGAGUCAUCCGUUCCCCUUGGAUAUGGUGGUGAGCCUUCUGACAGCGAUGCUUUCACCAUUCCUGAGGGCACCGACACUGUUGCCUUUGUUCCCACGAGCACUGAGCCUUUAUCCCCAUUCCCAGCGUCGUGGACAGAGACCGACGAUCCAUUGAGUCAGCCUGCACCCUUCACGGUCUUGGGCGGUGAACCUGUGUUAUCGGAUCUCACCCUCACAUACACGGUGCCGAGCGUGAACGGUAUACCAGAGACCACCAUCACCUUGACUACGGCUGUCAUUGUCUCCCCCGAUGAUGCGUCCCUGCCUGCUGCCACUGAAGCCGGCCCUACCCCUACCUUGCCCGUCCCCGAAGGAUAUGGAUAUGGGACGACAGAAGUCACUCUGACCACGGAUGUUCCCGCUGGUCCAUUCUCUUUUGGACUAGAGUCCGAGACUGACGGUCUGUCAUCGAUUGCUGUACCGUCUGGCCUUAUCUCAUUGUCUGAAUCACAGGACCCUCCAGAGGUCACUCUCUGGCCGUGGACCGCAUCCUUGAUUGGCCAGACAGAUACUAUUACUCUACCCACCACUUCACCCGGUGUUCUCUCGGGACCUCCACUUCUCACGGUGACUCUUCCGCCCUUGCCUCUGUCCUCUGAACCUCUCAUCACUGGAUCUUCCAUCGACGUUUCCAGUGGUGAGCAGACAUCAUGCACUUCCGAAGAGGGGUCUUCGAGCUUGGUUCCAAGCUCACUGAUCAUGUCUCCUCCGCGUUCAUUAUCAGCUGGCGAGCCAGGCACCGCAGCUACUUCAUCGCCAGAUCUGGCCAGCCCGAUCAACCCUUUACCUUCGGGAUACUCAGGUCAUCUGGCUUCAUCGGCCUUGACGUCGUCGUGGUCGUCGGCGCGGCAACCGGCUUGGCCGUCAAGCUUUUCUGUGGGUGGGUAUCAGUUUACCUUGUCUACAGCCUCUUCUUCGGCGGAGCCUACCCCUCCAUUCACAGUCUCUGGAUAUGGGGCUCCUAUUCCUAUUCCUACUACCCUUCCCGUGCAGAGCACCUCUAUGAGCGUCGUCUCACCAUCAGUUGUCUCUCCUCCGGUCUCUACAAGUCUGCUGCCUUCUAUCUCGUCAUGGGUAACAAAUGGACUUGUCUCCAGCAGCCGUCUGCCUCUGAAUACAACAUCACCGACUUUUCCAAACACCACAGUACCACUAUUGACGUUUGUCACCCCCUUGACAUCCACGCCGGUUGCCUUGGGAACUGGUUCGGUCGUGCCAUCCAAUAGCACCAUGGUCUCAGCUGGAGCGCCCCUUUCCUCAACUCGAAACGUCACAUCAGCUCGAUCUACUCAAGGCCAAUGGACUGUGACCUCAGCGGCAAAUAGUACAGCAGCGCCGUCUGUCUUCCCAAUUAGCAGCGUGCUUCCGCCAAUUAUCUCCUCAAGCUUGAGCCCCAUCAUCAGCAGUGCAUGGCCGACAUCAGGGUUCAAUUCAAGCCGGAUUUCGCGGGCAUCACAUAAUUUGACAGCCACAGCGGCUUCAAAGUCCCGUGCCACUGGCUCCCCAGGCUUUCUGACUCAGAGUGGUCUUGGCCCGCUGUCUUCCUCUGCUGUCUUGAACGGUACUUCAGCGCCGGCAGCUCCGUCGGGGACACUCGCUCUUGCAAAUGGCACUACAUUUUCACAAGUUGGUCCGGUUCAGACACAGAGUGGCUUUGUCCCGAGCCCAAUUCAGUCUUCAGUGGCACCAGUUCAGUCUGGUGGUGGCCCAUCAUCAACACUCAACAUCACGACCUCAAUCCCUGUCAACCAGACCAGCUCAUUCUCAAGCCCAACAGCUCACCCCAAUAGUACCGUCACUGGCCCUGUGUCUCCCCCCAGCCAGUCAGGUCUAGGACCUCUGUCGAGUACCCCAUCUUCACUGUCUACAAUCACGCUCAACGAGACCGGCCUCCUGCCCCCAACCUCUGCGUUGCCCAAUCAGACCCAGCCAGUGGCAAGCGGCAACAUCACUGUGACCAAAGUCAGCCAGUCGGGCCCCUUUUCCACGACAACUGAUUUAGGCAACACGACUAUCUCUACGAUUGCAAACUGGACGGGGACAAUUUCCGGAAUUGCGAGUCUCACUUCCGCACCUCCUUUCCCGGCUCAGAGCGGGUUUGGCCCUGAAACCAGCUCGAGCACAAGCAAGACCAUCUCUAGGCUGUCAAUUCCGGUUCAAUCUGUGCCCGGGCAAUCAGUUCCUGGACCUGAGCAGUCAGCUCCUGUCCAAACAGUCCCUGGCCAGACUGUUCUCACGCCAACUGUGCAACCCUCCACCAACCAAACAGUGGCGACUUCCGCAUUGUCAAGCACUUCAGCUCCAGUGCAGCCAGGACAGCCGACCUUUGGACCAGACACUUCGAGUCUCGCUGCAUCGUCGUCAGCAGCCUCCCUUGCUGCUCCCGUCUCAAAUGCUGCGAGCUCUGCCGCGCUCGUCACGACUAGUGAGGAGUCGCCCGCCCAACCGGUUCACCAGACAGGCUUCGGCCCUGAGCCGACCCUCGAGGCUUCAGCAAAUUCUACCCUGUCGUCGAUGACUGGAGUCUGGCCCCCGCCGUCUUCAGCAUCAUCAAGCAUGACAGUUCCCCCACUACCCACUUCCACGUGCGGCAGUCCGGCAGACACUGGUAACUUUACGUUGAACUUUGAUGAUCUGCCCCCUCAGGGUGUUAGAAACAACACAGAUCCAAAUAGCCUCAAUCCAGUACCGAUGUUCAGCCCUUACCACCGGUUCUGGUUCUCAUCAGGAUUUGGUUUCCUACCUCCACCGACGUCCAAGUACCAGCCCUCAUCUCCGAAGCUGAUGCUGCAGUGGACGCCAGCGGCUCUGCCCAACGGUUCUGUCACCGACAGCAUCGCGGAGAUUACCGUGGGUCCGCGCAAGGCAGACAGCUGCAUGCGCUUCAACUUCCUCGGGCUAAGUCUCGGAUGCAACUCCACCGGCCCGAGCUGUAUCUUCAACAUCACGGGUGCCCGCACCCCGGCCGAUGGCGUGUCGCCGGAUGUCGACAUCGUUUCUAAUUUGUGGAAUCUGACUGCAUGUCUGGCACCAAGCAACUGCUCUCUGGUCCCCAUCGUGGCAAAUCCGGGCGCCUUCUCGGAUCUCACAUCAAUUCGCAUUCAGCUCACAACGGGCAACAGCACUGGAGCAACUUGGUGGGGCGAUGACCUGCUUCUGGGCUGGACUGACAAUAGCUGCGCCGCGGGGGGCAAUCGGCCUGUGACUGCAGCGAGUCUGAUUGUGUUUAUUGUCGGAAGCGUUAUGAUCGAUCGCGAGGACAUGGCCGCAGGCAAUGACGUCGGCUCCGCCAGCCGACCAGAGUCAGGUGCCGGGCACAGAGCAUCGUCAAAUGAAGGGACAACACGGGAUGUGCCGCUCGCUUAUCGCGCCGACCCCGAGAAGCAUGCCGCGGACGACAACAGCGACAGCCGAGGGGCGACGACGCCGGACAACGAUAGCAUCGCCGUGGCGAGUAAGAUGGAAAGGGAUCAGCUCCCGCAGCGCACGGGAUACGAAACAGAAGACGAUGACGAUCAUCUGGAGGACGACUUGCCCGGCAUAGGACCGGCCGACGAGUCGACAGGCACACGUGCAGUGAUUGACCGGGUACUCAGCCGUACGAGUGCUAGGGCCCUGGAGCCAGGCCCGCCUCCGGACGGAGGGGCCCGGGCCUGGAUCGUUCUUCUAUGCACGCACAUCACCGUCAUGAACUCGUGGGGCUUUAUCAAUUCCUUCGGCGUGUUUCAAUCAUACUAUGUCGAAGCACUCCACCGGCCGCCCUCCGACGUGGCGUGGAUUGGCUCCUUCCAGACCUUCCUGCUCUUCUUCAUUGGCACCUUCACAGGCCGCAUGACCGACGCCGGGUACUUCCGAGCCAAUUUCACUCUGGGUACGGUUCUUUCCAUCGGCGGCUGCAUCGCUGCUUCGUUUUGCACGCAGUACUGGCAGCUGUUCCUUGCGCAGGGGGUGUGCAUGGGCCUGGGUAACGGGUGUCUUUUCUGCCCGGCCAUGGCGAUACUGAGUACGUACUUCCACAAGAGGAGGGCGUUCGCGAUGGGCAUCACGGCGGCGGGGAGCGUGACGGGCGGUUUGGUGUACCCCAGUAUGGUCAGGCAGUUGCUGCCCAAAAUCGGCUUUGGGUGGACGAUGCGCUCGUUGGCACUGAUCCAGAUCGUCACGAUGUCAUUCUUGGGCAUAUUCAUCGCCUUCUUCUACCUGAGCUCCUAUGCCCGCGACAUCGUCGGCCUCGAUUACUCGGCCUCGCUCAACCUCAUCCUCGUGCUCAACGGGGUUUCCGGACCCAGCAGAAUCAUCCCGGCUUAUCUUGCCGACAAGGUGGGCACUGUCAACAUGAUCACUGUCUUCGCAUUCCUGUCGGGCAUCACAUCCCUGUCAUGGAUGGCAGUAAAUACCCCGGGGGCGCUGUACGCUUGGACCGUGUUCUACGGGAUCGCGGCGGGCGGGAUUCAAGGCUUGUUUCCCGCGGGCGUGGCGAGCUUGCACACGGACUUGAGUAAGGCCGGGGUCAGGCUGGGCAUGGUGUUCACAAUUGUGAGCUUUGCGUGUCUGGCUGGUCCGCCCAUUGCGGGCGCGAUCAUCUCAGCCGGAGGCGGGAAUUAUCACGGCGCGCAGGGCUAUGGAGGAGCGGUGAUGCUGUUGGGCGGGAUCUGGUGGAUGGUUGCACGACACUUUAGAAUUAGACGGGAUGGACUACGGUUUCUCUCUAGGGUGUAG